GCUCAGUGGGGCUUUAAUGAAAACGUGUCUGCAAAUAUCUCAUUCAAGCAACAAGAUGAACACCAUUCUGGCGUGCCAAGACCAGUACUUUGCAGGGGGUCAGAGCUAUGAUUGCCCAUACUUCCCCUCAACUUCAGCGGCCAGUGUUGAUGUUACCAAGGAUACAUGGGUCUCUCUCUGGGCUCCUGGUCUCCUGGACGACACAUCAAGCAACCAGGGCCCACAAUCCCAUGGGCAGCUGUUCGAUGUUGGGCGCACACUUCCAGAUAAUUAUAUGUGGGAGGACCAGCUAUCUUCUCAGAUGAUCACAAACAUACAGCUUCAAGAUACAUUGGUCCAGAGGGAAGAGGAGCUGGCACGAUUGCACGAGGAGAAUAAUAAAUUGAAGCAGUACUUGAAUUCUGCUUUUGUGAAAUGUUUAGAGGAAAAGACCAAGAAACUGUUGUCCCAGCAUGGGGUCGGUGCUUCUCUGAAGAGGGAAGCAAAGGUUAGCAGCCUUGCCUCUCCUGAAAUCUCAGCCAAAAAGGCCAAGAGGAAUCUUUAUAGCGAUUUCACUGCCUGCGAAGGACAAUCCAGCCCUAGUGUAGCAUCCUGGGUCCUGCAGACUCUGGGACUGAAAGAUGUCAACACCAUUGAUGAUUCUGCUUCAGCUAACUACAGUGCCAUAUCUAAUGAGCUCAUCAGCAGCAUGGGGGCAGCAGAGUGUGGAAGUAUACAAGGCUCCCCCUCUUCUGGAUACAGUACAAUCCAUAUGACCCCUGUGAACAGCCAGGCUGGGAGCAGCUUAGACUCUCCCUAUUUGCCAAACUAUUCCCCCUCAUCCUGCAGUUCUUCAUCACUGCCAAGAAGUGAGUCAGUCAGUCCUUCUGACUCGCCUAUUUGCUAUACUCCAGAGGUAUCUCCAAACAAAACAGAAGUGGCCUUCUCCACAUCCCUAAGCCCUCAUUGCAACGUGAAGACACACAGCUUCUCCAAUGGACAAGCAUUCGUUCGCAGAGAUGGAGAAGGGGGAUGGAAAUUCACUUGGGUCCCCAAACAAUCUGAAUAAAAAAACUAUAUGGACAUGGGGUCAUCUCAUGGGAGUUUACAGAACCAUUUGCACUUGGUCAUGAGGACCUAUGAAGACCCCCUUCAGUCCUGCCUGUGUAUCCCAAUGUGAUCUCUUUAACCCACUGUUUGGGUUUUCUCUGCUGCCAGUACCAUAAAGGGGCCUUCAUUUGUUUACAUGCAAAUGUAUAUAUGUAUGAUCUUUUUUCCAUGAAAAAAUAGCCUAUUCUAACAGUAUUUAUUUCUGUUGGGUUUUAAGUGCAAUUAAUGGCAGUGCAGUUUUGAUUGUAGUCCUUUUUUGAUUUGCACCUCUUUAAUUUUGCUGCCUUAACAGUCUUCGAUCACUGCCUUAAUUUAUACAAUGAACACAGUGA